UAAGACAAGUCAGCUCCAAACAAAGAAGCCAGCCGCCCCUGGGCGUGAACCACUGAACCUGAACUUCCACUCUCGGAAAUGAUCAGCAACCCACCAACACAACAACGAGUCCUAUGAUUUCCUUUUCGUUUCCCUGCUUAGCUCUAACGUUUCUGUUUCUUGCUUCCUAAUAACGCACUCAUUUGUGUUUGCUUAUUAAUCGAUAUACCAUCUCUUGACUCGUCAUAUUGUGAAAAAUCAAAACCAUAAUUUUCUUGAUAGAAUUUACCUGAAAAAAUUUAACGGCUCAAUCUUUUGUUGCCCUUGUGAAUGGCGAGGACUGGGUUGUUCGAUCUUGAGAAGCAUCUUGCGUUCUAUGGAGCUUACCACAGCAACCCCAUGAACAUAGCAAUCCACACGCUCUUCGUUUGGCCAAUUUUCUUCUCUGCUCUUCUUAUUCUCUACUUCGUCCCUCUUUUCUUCAACAUCCCUAAUGUUGAGUUUUCCCUCUUCGGCUACGACGUCGCUUUGGUUUGGAAUCUUGGGUUCGUUGUUGCCUUGGUCUAUUCCGUCUUUUACGCCAGUUUGGAUCUGAAAGCCGGUUCUUUAGCCGCUGUGCUCUGUGUACAUUGUUGGGUGGCUAGUAGCUUCCUUGCGUGCCGACUUGGGUUCUCUCUAGCUUGGAAGCUUGUUCUGGUGGUUCAGCUAGUAUGUUGGACGGCACAGUUCAUUGGUCAUGGAGUAUUUGAGAAACGAGCACCUGCUCUUUUGGAUAACCUUGUUCAGGCCCUUAUAAUGGCUCCUUUGUUUGUCUUACUGGAGGUUCUCAUGAGUUUAUUUGGAUAUGAGCCAUACCCUGGAUUUCAUUCAAUAGUUCAGGAAAAAAUAGAAGCUGACAUCAAAGCAUGGAAAGAAAAUAAGCAGCAGCUGCUUUCUUAGCUUCUUUUUGUGCCUCCUUAAGAAAUGCUUUGUUACAGUAACUGUAAAUAAUAUAAGAUAAUGGUGUCUAGCCAGAUUAUACCAUUCAUGUUAAAGAAUUUGUUUUAGAAGUUUAAAGUUCGAGCGAAUUUUAUUUGUACAUUAAUUGUGAAAAGAUCCUCGCGUCCAUAGUGAAACUUGAACCUGUGCCUCGUGCAGAAUAUGGACACUUUUAGUUCUUCAAA